AUGCACCCAUCCUACUCAGCACAUUUGUAUCCCUUUUUAACUAUUUCCCCCGUUGAGGACUACCGCACAUCUAGCAUCUCUGCCUCGCACAAUACAAUGGAUAAAUAUACAGCAGGAUCCAGCCAAAUCAACGAUAUGACCCUCACUGCUACAGAUUUUAUGGCCUCUAUGGGCUUCUAUAUUAGCGACUUUGACCUCAAUAGAAACCCUGAAGACAUCCUGUCUACUGGCCCAGUGUUCGACUCCGAUGGUCUGGAUUCACUACUCUCGUCUACCAAAUUUCCAGAUUCAGGAGAGUCGCUAUGCGAGCAUCCCCCGUCGACGUCUCUACUUGCUUCAAAUGUUGACCAAGUGUCACCUCUGGUGAUGCAUCCGACAAUGGAAGCAUCAUUUCCGCCGUAUGUUGAGCCGUCUCCAUUCGAGCCAAGUCGCUAUUCACUGCAAACCACUCACGGUGUCGCGAGCACUCCCGCGACGCACCCAACUCAAAACACGGCAAUAAUUGCCAAUAUCCCCAGAGAGGCGCUCGACACAAGUCCUUUGCCAUAUGAGACAUCAGGGAGACGCCGAGUGCCUGAGAUGCGUAUGUCUGAGAGGGAUUCUUACCAGAGCGGCGCUGUCGACUCGGAUGUGUAUGCGCCAGUUGCGCCGCACCAUCUGCCACUCUAUACUCCAUAUUCCUGCGCUUCAACUGGAGAGCCGGAGUUACCACAAAACACUAGAUUCAAACGGCCCAGCCACAAAUAUGACAGCUCUGGGCAUAGUACCGUCGAGCGGGUCACCCAUGUUGGGCGCCGUCGGAUACCUGUUCGAAGAAACAUCGGAACUUCACAGAGGUACCCAGAACUCUGA